AUGUGGUUUGAGGUUGGUGGUUAUAGACUUAAGUUUGGUUUAAAAGAAUUUGCUUUAAUCUCGGGUCUUAGAUGCACUGCCGAUAGUAAUAAAUUCUCAUAUAAACUGGACUCGAAUCGUCUUUUAGAGAAGUACUUUAAGGGCUUAAAUCAGGUUAGUAAACAAACUUUAAGUGACUGUUUUAAGAGUCGGAGAUGGGACUGUGAUGAGGAUGAUUUCAAGAUUGCAUUCCUUCAUUUUUUGCAUAAUUUCCUCCUUGCUUCUCCUAUGACUGUUCGUGUUCCUUUUCUUGAUUUUGAUAUUGUUGAGUCUGACAGACGUGACAAUUAUCAGUGGGGUCUAGAUGUGUUUAAUUGUACGUUUAUGUGUUUGAGUACGAAGGAAUUUAGGGAAGUUGAUAGUCUUAGGGAUGAAAAAAAUGCUGAUAAGUGCUACUAUUAUCGUCUUAUUGGUUUUUCCUAUGCAUUGCUAUGCUGGUUUUACGAGUGCUGCCCUUCAAUCACCGAUACAUACUGGAAAUCUUCUUUCAAUCUGAAAUACGUUCAUGUCGAUGGAGAUUUAUUUGUUGAGACUAAAACUGAUGAGGUUAUAUUUCGGUCGGUCUUUACUACUGCUGCGGAACGGAGUGCCCUUGUUUUGGGUAAUUUUUUCAAGAAAAACAAGGGUAAAGCUAAGGUGUCUGAUGAUGAACAAUCUAGUGAUAAUGAGGGGAUUGAAGAAGGUUAUUGCGCGGCGUAUGAUAUUUCGAAACACACUAAUUCCACACAAAGUGCGUUUAUGGAUGCGGCUGUUACAUUUGCCGGUCAAAAGAAGUUGGAGGGUGAGCUUGCUGAUAUUAAGCGCUUAGUCACUUCUCAAUUUUCAGAAUUAUUUGGCGUUGUUAAUUCUUUAAAGAUAGCGCCUCAUGAUCGUGGUACCGAUAAUCAGGAUAAUAAUGCUGGAGCUACAAGUAAGGAUAAACUUUCUGAAAGUUCUUCAAAAUUCCAACAUGAAAAUGAAGACGACGUUGAAUCUUCUGAGGGUAUUGAGGAAAGUCAUGAUAGUGGCAAAGACUCGAAAGUUGAAGAUACUGAAUCUGAUGAUUUUCUUCUUGUAAAGUUAAAAAAGAAGGCGAAAAAACCGUCUGAAAACUCAGAGACAUCACAUGAUGGCGAAAAGGAGUCUAUUGAGGAUAUAUCAGUAAAGGACAAUGUGAAUGCCGAAGAUGAAGAAAUUGAUAAUGAAGUCUUCAAGGUUGAUAAAGUUUUGGUUGACGCUGUAACAAAUGAUAAGGUUGAGAAAGGUUCAGUCGACGCUGAAAUUAAUGAGAAGGUUGAGAAAUUUUCAGUUGACGUUAAAACAAAUGACAAGGUUGAUUUAGAUGCUGAUAUUAUCGAAUCUCAAGAUAAAGACGAGGCUGCUGGCGAGGAAACUACUGAUGUUGUUCAACCUGCUGAAUAUAAGGAUGAUUCUGAACUUAAGGAUCAGUCAAAUAUUGCUGACAUUCAAGCUGCUUCUAUGUCCGGAUCUGCUCUCGAACAUGAUACAGUUGAGCAGAGUUUGAAAGAUAUUCCAUCUCGCGAGAAAACAGGAUUCUUUGAUUCUCCAACUUUUGAUGUGACUGAUGAAAUUUUAGAAGAGACGGAGCAGAAUGCUCUUAGAUGUUCUGCUGCUCUGAAGGCUGAUUAUGUUACUGCUGCUUUUGGUACGGUUUCUCUAAAUUCUGAUAUAACUACAUCUUGUAUUCCUAAAAGGACUAUUAAGCCUAAUUUGGUCUACAAGUCCCCAUUCUUAACCGAGUUUGGUUUUUCUGAAGAUAUUAAAAAGCAAGAGCAUUUCAUGCUUUGGCUUUUGAAAGGAAUUGAUAAAAGGAAAAAGAGUAAGAUUUAUAAUGAUAAGAAGGCAUUGUUGAAUCCUUCCUUCAGGUUUUGUUCUAUUUCGAUUGAUGAAAAAGUUUGGCUCCAUACCCUCUAUACUCCUGGAAAGGCUCUAUCUUCUACGCAUGUUGAUGUUCUCUUCUAUUACCUGAGAAAAAAGGUUAAAAUUGGUAAAGCCGUCCAAAAAAAUUGUACUUCAACCGACAAUUUUUUUGAUCGAAGGAUACAAGCUUUGUAUAAGUUGUAUGAACCAACAAAAGAUUCUUCUGUUAUCUCAAGCAAACAUCCAAUUUGCGAUUAUAUUAUUGGCGGUAUUAUGGACUAUAACAUAUGCUGUUGUAUGAGUUGCACAAAGACAUCGAUGUUAAUACUGGAUAAGGGAAAGAGAGGAAUCGAUCCAUUUGCUGUGAAAAUUGUUGAAAAUCUGCCUAUUCAAGUUGAUAGAUUAUUAUUUGAGUCAACUGUAAAUAAACUGCAUGUCAACUCUAUGUCAACUCUAUGUCAACCUAAAUGGGUCCUGAUUUUGUUGCUAAAGAACAUCGUGUCCUCUUUGUAUGCGUAUGGUAGUUGGAAGGAACAUUCUUACAUUGUCAGUGAAGAUGAAUGUCCAGUCAAGUACAAGAGGCACAUCAAAAGGUGA